AUGAUUAACCACAAAUGUUUGACCAAACUUUAUUUAAAGGCUUAUUGCUGCUUCAAGUGCCAGAACCUAGUUGCUUUCCAUGAUGAUAUUGUUUCCAAAGAUUUCCAGGCAAGCAGUGGUAGAGCUUUUCUUUUCUCUCAUGCAAUGAACAUUAGUUUGGGACCCAAAGAAGAUAGACAACUCAUCACUGGUCUUCACACAGUUGCUGAUGUUUAUUGCUCAGAUUGUGGUGAAGAACUUGGUUGGACAUACAUUAAGGCUUAUGAAGAAUCACAGAAGUACAAAGAAGGAAAAUAUGUACUAGAGAAGUUCAAGAUAGUAGUUAGAGGAAGCCAAACAAACCUAGAAAAUUAUUAUGAUGACUGAUUUGAUUCUUCUUGGGUUAAGUCAUUUGAUCCUGAAAUUGUUCAUAGGAUUAUUGUGAAUUUUCUUGGAAAAGUUGAUUCAUUAGAAGUGUGGUGAAUGUAAAUGGAUUUUAAGACCAAUCAAAUUAAGUUGUCAAAUUACAGUUUCUUUAGGUUAUAUUUGAAUAUUGUGUUUGGUCCAUGUGGUUAGAAGAAUGAAUCAAAUAGAAAAUAAACAAAUGACAGAAGGUAAUAGAAGAUCAUACAAGAAUAUUUAUAUGUAAAGUGUUAUUGUAAACAUGAUAUCAGUAGAACACAUUGAUGUUA